GUACAUAAGAGGUCAAAUGCAUAAAACAUUCAUAAGACAAGUGCCAUAUUUCGAAUUCAAAGGCAUACCAUUCGCCAAGCCGCCCAUUGGAAAUCUUCGAUUCAAAGCGCCCGAACCGAUAGAUCCAUGGAAACCGAAAACAAUUGAUGCAUUCGAAUUUGGUAAUGCAUGCAUGCAAGAUUCAACACGAAAUUUAUAUGUCAGCGAAAAUUGCCUCUAUUUGAAUAUCUUCGCUCCAGCGAAUACAAAUACCGAAAAGUUAGCAGUGAUGGUUUUUGUGUAUGGUGGUUCUUUUGUGUAUGGCGCAGCACAGGAGUUCGGUCCAACAUUUUUGAUGGAACAAAAUGUAAUUCUUGUUACAUUCAAUCAUCGUGUUGGAGCAUUUGGGUUUUUAUCACUUGGGACGAGGGAGUAUUCAGGAAAUAUGGGAUUGAAAGAUCAACAAUUGGCGUUUAAAUGGGUGCACAAGAAUAUCGAACACUUUGGCGGCGAUAAUACACGAAUCACCAUUAUGGGACACAGUGCAGGAGCUGUUUCAGCACUGACACACCUUUUUAACGACGAAUCUCGAACAUAUUUUCAAAGUGUCAUUUCCAUAAGCGGUGUGAUGCUUCAUUCAUACCCAACCGGCAAUCACAAGUGCAUUUUUUAUGAAAUCGCACGGAAUUUGACACAAACAAUUACCAAUGACACGGAAUUGAUUGAAUUCGUUACGACGAUGCCAGCACAACAGCUUUUAAGUUAUACACUUCAACCGUUUUUGCUUGAAACUUUAUUGCACUUCCCCGUUUGGGGACCGAAAAUGGAAGAUAAAAACGAUAUUCGACCCAUAAUCACCAUGGAUCCACACAAAGUUCUCCAAAAUGGACAUUUUCACAAUAAGAGCAUUUAUUUCACACACACCAGUCGGGAAAUGUUUUUAUUCGAAUCCGAAGAGAGUUUAAAAUAUGAAAAUGUGCAGAAUGCAAUCGACACAUUUGAUGAUAUCCAUUUGCCGCAUUAUGCGUUCGAUUUGGCCGCAAUCGCAAACAUUCCGCUCAAUUCCAAACCAUAUCUUAAAAAUCUACUCAACAAAGUCAGAAACUACUACUUUGAAAAUGUGUCCGGUGAAUACGACACGGUUCUAAAGUACGUCGAUAUGCAGUCAGAUUUCGUUCUUAAUUAUUACAUGGACAAAAGCACUCAACAAUUUCUCUCAAGCGCACCAUCAAUAUACUAUUCGCGUUUUUCAGUUGAUUCAACAUUGAAUAUGGCCAAACAAAGGAUGAAUCUUACACUACCCGGUGCUUCCCACGCCGAUGACCUUUGUUAUAUAUUUAUGUGUCACUCCGUCGAAAGUCUCUACAAAUACAUAGUGGCAACUAAAAGUACCAACAUCAAUAGUUCCGUCAGUUUAACGGCAAUCGAUCGUAUGACAAAGUUAUUCGGCAACUUUGUAAAAUAUGGCAAUCCAACGAUUAACAAUGAUCCGGUGCAUGGUGUCAAGGAAGUUGGGUGGGGCCAAUUAAACUAUCUUGAUGUGACGAAUGAUGGAUUGCAAGUGGAUCAAUCACCAAGUG